UACCCUCUGCGUUGUUGAUUUAACCGCCAAGCAGGAGCAGUGGGCAGACAGGUUCACGGAUGUAGGGACAGCGGGAGCUGUCGAGUGUUCCAAACCAAAACCCUGGGACUAUAAGCAUGUCGUGGUCCUGGCUCAGCAAAUGCAGUUCAGGUGUUGACCGUAUUCCAGAGAGAUGCGGUAUUUGGUUAUCAUUCGUUGGAGGUCAAGUAUAGGUAGGGGGAUUUUUUUAGGCGUAUUUUAAAUGAAUCAAGGAUCAAUGUGGGCAUGGAUAUCGUCUCCUCUCCCGACAAUAUAUCGUUUCCGCAUUCCCGCAGCCAUAGGUAUUGUGUCCCUGAUUAAUCGCAACACAAAACCGGUUUCUCCUGAUUGCCAGCCGAACUAUCGCUGAUGCUGCACUAUGCUUGUUGUGAAGGGAGAAAAGGGAGAUCGAAGACGUCUCGAAACUGUAGGCUAAUAGGCGUCUGGCGUUCCUAAAUAGGCACAUUUUAUUUUCGCGUCGAAUUUGUCGCGGUCCCCUUCAAAAACCUGGGAUACCUCGGCGUAGCUAUUGGUUUGGGAUGGAGGGUUGUUGUCGUUGUUGCAUGCCAUGUUGUAGUCGGCUGUGGAACUGGAUAUGGCCCGAAUUCCAUUACCCAAAUAUCACCCGAUCAGCCGAAAUCCCCACUAUUUCAGGUGAUAUCCGUGCUCCGUCCCCCAAGAAGAAACCGACUCAGCUCUAUGCGGCUCUGUUUGAUUUCGAAGCCAGGAGCGAGGAGGAGCUGACUAUCAAGGAAGGUGACAAGCUGUCGGUAAUAGAAAAGAGGGGGGAUUAUGUGCUUGCCAAGAAACUGACCGGUUCGAUGGAGUCCGGAUUGGUCCCAGCUACUUAUGUGGCCAUUCUACAGGACGAGUUUGCUAAUCACAAGUGGUACUAUGGGAACAUUAACCGGGUGAAGGCGGAGAAACUGCUCCUGGCCCCUCAGAAUAAGGAUGGCUCAUUCCUGGUGCGCAUCAGCGAGAGCCACAGCGACGAAUACACCAUCUCAAGCAGAAACAAUGGGAAAGUCUUCCAUUUCCGAAUCCAGCGUUCAUUGAUUGGGGCAUACUUUGUGUCGGACAAGAUUUCCUUUGCCACUCUGGAGGAGUUGAUCCGAUACUACCAGAAUAACUCCAGGAGUCUAGGAGUGCCUCUGGAUGAGCCAUGUGCACAGCAGAGAGAGCUGUUUGACAUGGAGCCUUGGGAGCGUCCUCGGGAGGAGUUUAAACUGCACAUGAAGCUGGGGGAGGGCCACUUUGGAGAGGUGUGGGAGGCCCUGUGGACCAGCGAGAAAAAAAGGGUGGCCAUCAAGAUGCUUAAACAAGAGGACACUAAGCUGGAUGAGUUUGUGAAGGAGAUCCAGGCCCUGAAGAACCUCCACCACCCCAAGCUCAUCCAGCUGUUGGCCCUGUGUUCCAGAGGAGAGCCUGUCUACAUAGUCACUGAGCUCAUGACCAAGGGCAGCCUCAAGUCCUAUCUGGGCACGCCGGAGGGUCAGGUGCUGACUUCUGCCCACCUCAUCUACAUGGGCAGCCAGGUUGGUGAGGGCAUGGCCUACCUGGAGGACCGACAUAUCGUGCACAGGGACCUGGCGGCCAGGAACAUCCUGGUGGGAGAUGACCUGGUCUGUAAGGUGGCUGACUUUGGCCUGGCACGCAUCAUUAAGGACAGUGUGUACACUGCCAGUAGAACCACUAAGAUCCCAGUGAGAUGGACCGCCCCCGAGGCUGCUCUCUAUCAGCGCUUCUCCGUCAAGUCUGACGUCUGGUCCUUCGGUGUGCUGCUCUACGAGAUGAUGUCACGAGGAAAGAUGCCAUACGACGGGAAGAGCAAUACGGAGGUGCUGGAACUCCUGUCGACAGGCUACAGGUUGCCCUCUCCCAGUAGGUGUCCCCCCAACAUCUAUCGCAUCAUGUUGGAGUGCUGGAAUGCCGAGGCCUCCAACCGGCCCUCCUUCCACGCCCUGCACAGCCAGCUAGACACCAUCUACACCCGCAUCUACUUCAAGACCAUUGAGGUCUAGGGCUGAGGGAUGAGGCCAAGGUGUGACUGCACUGACAUAGACACUACGAAGUAGAGGGAACUGCAAGACAUUGUCUGAAAUGGUGAUCCUUUUUUAACAGGCUUUAGUCUAUUUUGCCGGUUCUCUUGGUUGUUUUUAAAUCAAGGUUAUGUGCAAUAUAAAGGAGGGCAGAAGGAGGAGGGCAGAAGAAGUGGGGCCACUGUUAAGCCCACGGAGGCCCUAUGCUACAGUAUGCCAAACGGCCAGUCCUACAGAGAGUGCCUAUUCACUGACUAUACAAAACAUUAGGAACUCCAGCUCUUUCCGUGCCAUAGACUGACCAGGCGAAAGCUAUGAUCCCUGAUAUCACCUGUUAAAGCUACUUCAAUCAGUGUAGAUAAAGGGGAGGAGACAGUUUUAAGAAUGAUUUUUAAACCUUGAUACAAUUUAGACAUGGAUUGUGUAUGUGUGAUUAAGGCAGCCCUUCGGUCCUUUCUGAUUUAGGGGGGUUGGGUUAAAUGAGGAAAACACAUUUAAUUUGAAUGCAUUCAUUUGUACAACUGACUAGGUAUCCCCCUUUCCCAAUCAGAGGAUUAAUGGGCAAGACAAAAUAUUUUAAGUGCCUUUGAAUGGGAUAGGGUAGUAGGGGCCAGGUGCACUGGUUUGAGUGUGUCAAGAACUGCAAAGCUGCUGGAUUUUUUUCACUCUCAACAGUUUCCUGGGUGUAUCAAGAAUGGUCCACCACCCAAAGCACAUCCAGCCAACUCGACACACCAGCGGGAAGCAUUGGAGUCAACAUGGUGCAGCAUCCCAGUGGAAUGCUUUCUACACCUUGUUGUACAUGCCCUGACAAAUUGAGGCUGUUCCGAGGGGAGAAAGGGGGUGCGACUCAAUAUUAGGAAGAUGUUCCUAAUGUUUAGUACACUCUGUGUAUGUUUACACUACACAGACAUGGCUCAUAGAGACUUUGCUCACACAGUACACAGUGAUGGAGGACAUGGCCAUUGAGACUCGAGAGUGAUGAGCCAUAGAGGACAUCUUCUGGGAUUUACUGCUCUACCAAUGGAAGACAACUUUUUGAACUGUCAACGCAUGAUAUUUAGAGAUGUACUAAUACAGUUUGGGAAAUAUGAGCCAUAAAUGUCAUUUAUUCUUCCUUGAUUUGAGUUUCUUCCAUAUUUUUUUAGGUGUCCUCUCGACUACGCCAUUGGGUAUUUAACAAAAAUUAUAAUAAAAUAUUUUUGGGGAUAA